GAUAUUGUUGUUUGUUUUCACAUUCAGCUAACCAGGCGAGUUGAGUUAUCAUGGAAAGCAUGUGACAUCAUUCAUUGUGUGAUGACAUCGCAUUCUAAAACGCCGUCGGUUCCAAUUGACUUUAAGGGUUUUCCGAUUUCUUUUUGAUGACUUUGUUCUUGUUUAACGCCGCAUUUAGUAAUAUUUCAGCGAUGUGGCGGUGGUCCGUAAAUAAUCGGUUCUGGACCAGACAAUCCAGUGACUGACAUUACGAGCAUCGAUCUUGGCAAGUUGGAUACGAUGACAUGCAUCACCCAAGGUUCGUGUCUUCAUCUCCACUGACCUCUCCACGAUGACGCGCGAGUACCCCGUGGUUGUGACGGGAGGAUCUGGUUGCUUGGGGCAACACCUCAUCAAACUUCUCCAAACGAACGCUGAUCACGUGACUGAGAUCCGGGUUCUUGACGCCAUUCCGUACGAGAACAAACUUGGCCAUAAAGAAGCAAAACCUGUGAUUUCUAUGUGCGGUGACGUCACUAACACAGACCUACUUCGCCGGGCGUUCAGGGGAGCUAAGUCAGUCUUCCAUCUGGCCAGUCUCGUCAGUGUGGGCAGUUUCCCUGACAACCAGGCUAUGGAAAGAAUAAACGUGAAAGGCCAUAAAGAAGCAAAACCUGUGAUUUCUAUGUGCGGUGACGUCACUAACACAGACCUACUUCGCCGGGCGUUCAGGGGAGCUAAGUCAGUCUUCCAUCUGGCCAGUCUCGUCAGUGUGGGCAGUUUCCCUGACAACCAGGCUAUGGAAAGAAUAAACGUGAAAGGAACUCGACAGGUGAUAGACGCCUGCAUCAAGGAGGGGGUGGAAUGCCUCAUCUACUGCAGCACUGUUGAGGUUGUGCUGGGGUUCGACGACAUUGUCGAUGGCACCGAGGACAACAUGAAGCCUCCCAAGACGUAUUUCCACGAGGGUUAUGCCAAGACCAAGCUCCAGGCAGAGAGUAUGGUACUGCAGGAAAACGACUGCCAGUUGGACACAGGUGGCGUACUCAAGACCGCCGCCCUUCGACCCUACGUCUUCUACGGCGAACUGGACCGCCACUACGUCACGCAGCUCAUGAAGGUGGUGAAGAGGACUGCGGGCAUCCUCAUCCAGACAGGUAACGGCAAGGCACUCCAUCAGCACGCCUACGUGGGAAACAACGCCUGGGCCUUCAUCUGCGCCGAGAAGGCUGUCCGUACCAACCCUGCUGCUGCUGGUGAGGCUUACUUCAUCACGGACGACACCCCAGUUAGCGACAUAUACAGCCAGGUGAUCCCCUUUCUGGCGGAGAAGGGUAUACGGCCAUCCUCCAUCAGGUUCCCUUUCUGGAUGAUGUUCGUGCUAUUGUACUUGGCAGAGUGUCUUCUGUUUCUCCUGUCCCCCGUUAUCAAAAUCGACAUCGGCGUCUCCUCCAGCGCCCUACGCUUCGCCAACACCACCAUCAAACUGAGCAACGUCAAAGCGCGCACCUUGCUCAACUACACUCCCCUUUUCUCUGUGGAGGAGAGUUUCCGGAACGCACGUGCUUAUUACCGGGAUGUUCAAAUAUAGACACGCCAGUCUUCAGCCCGAGAAUAUCUCCGGAUGUUUCAACCUUCCCUACAAUCAAACUUAUACAAAUAGAAGCGACAAAACCAUUUCCAUAUCCAAUAGAAAUCUCUGCAUAAAGCAGAUUCUGAGUAUAUCAUGAUCAUGUGUUUAUGAAUCACUAUCAAAUAGUAUAAAUGAUACCAGGUGUUCGCGAAAAGGUGAGCGUAUCCUGCCCCACCGGUGGCACCCGUCACAAACACAUGCAAAGUCAAGUAAAUUGUUCACCUGAAAAAGCACUGGAACAUAUAGUCAAAAUAGGGGAAUUGCAUCGGACAUCAUUUUUGUCACUAAUGCGUCAAAUUUGUCCACCACAUGUCUACCAUAAAACUUUUUAAAGCAAUGUGCAAUAGUUUAAUGUAACAGUUUAAUGCAACAUUAUCAUGCAUCGAUUCCAUGUGGCAUAUAGAUGCAUCAUUUAACAUAGAACCAAAAGACUUUAUCAUUGCUGCUAUCUAAUAUAUAUUAUCAAUGCAACUUCCUGUGUGGUGCGAUGGAUAGAGUGUCUGCCCGUGGAUCGGGAGAUCGGUGGUUCGAUCCACUCAUACCAAAAACGUUAAAAGAUGGCACUUGUUGUUACCCUGUGUGGCGCUCGGCACUGAGGGGAUAAACAUGGACUGGUCGGAGUUAGUGUACAGUGUCUGACUUGGGUGUUCAUGUAAAUCUGCGCUUGACAUACGAGCGUAAUAAUCACUUUGUCAUGUAAUGUCAUUCUUGGAUAAUGGAUACUUAAGACAUAAUUUCGAAGUCUCUUUAGAAACAAUGUAUAGAUACAGUAUUUGAGAAAACCGCCCAGUCUGUUAUAUAGUGCCAGAUGACUUGCAGCCAUUUUAAUCUACAGAGACGCGGUGACACAUUGGUAAAACAUCUAUAUGAGGUAUUGGAAAUGUUAGUCAACAGGUUAUUGAGAAAGAAGACAUUUGAUCGAUGGAGCUUGAAAGCAUCUCCUUUGCGGAUCCUCAUUAUAUACUGAACCGCAAAAGAAACGCCACCCCAGGUAACAUUGCAUGAAAAGUUGUCAUUUACAUAUCUGGGUAAUUUUUGUUAAAGUUUCUAAAACUUACCAUUACCUUGUCCGGAAAAAUGAAGCUUGAUGAUAAAAAAACAAAGCAGAUGGCAAUAAAACCGAUCGCCCAAACGCA